AGGCGAUGGAAGCUUCUCGAGGGGCAGAAAUCGAUGUCCUGGUCGCAACUGCGGGGGAGCUGCACUAUUAGUGCGCCCCAAAGCCGUUCUGCUGCUAUGACUCAAAAGACGACGCCCGCCCCCGGAGCGCCAACCGCGUGCUGAUGCUGCAGUCCAGCUGCCAUUGCAACGGCUUCCAACGGCAAAACACCACCUCAUUACUUCAACACACGGGUACCACCACUACCGUUCUUAUCAAGACAAAACCUCCAAAAGGAGAUAAAGAAUAAAGAAAAAGAAAAAAAGGCCGAGCUUGACCUUAAAGGAGUGUGUCACAACCGAUUUGGGAAAAAAACCAGCUCAGUGACACACACAUACAACCUGCCAAAGACUCGUUGCAGCACUGGCAAGGAGUUACGUUGCAACACAACUCUUUCUCGGAUACGCCAACGAACCUGCACCAGAAAGACAACUGUGCACACAGGUCUUUUUUUUUUCUUUUGCUUUCUUUCUCCCCCAUCGAUUUCUUUUGACGCUCGAGGGUGACGCCAGGAGUUUGUAGGAAAGGGAAAACCAGAGACAAAAAAAAAGAAUCCCUAAGCCAAAACGCGAAAUCACGUUACUCCAAUCACACCCUGCCCAUAAAGUUCCUGGUCUAAGGCAGCUUUUUACCCUUAUUACCAGACUUUGCGGUACCUUGCUUUCGGUAACCUACCAAACCACAGGAAUUGAAUCGCGGGCCAGGAUUCUUUAAGAGCUUGCAUCGUCUUUCCUUUUUUUUCUCGCCAGCCCAACAUCAAGUACAAAAAAAAAAGGGGGCCAUAAAAAAACCGGGGUGGAUAGGUGCCAUAUCCCGAGACUCGUUUCUUUUGAACCUCCUUAUCGACAAGGCAGAUCCAAUUGGAGGGAGGAGUAGACGGCACUAGUCUAAAAGGUAACCCUUGGGCUAGGGGGAGUUAUGGAGGUCGCCCCUGUCACCAUGCCGGCGCAUGAUGCGAUCGCUGGUCGCAAGCGCAAAGCCGACGCUCAAGACACCCACAACGAGCGGCUGUCGAAGAGGCUUAGCCUCUUGAACUUGGAGAAAAAUGGCACCAAAAUGUACGUCACCGUCGAGAACCCGGCAGCCAGACCGGACCGCGUCACCCCGCCACCAACCGCAACCACCUUGAAAACGCCCACUUCAUCAUCAACACCAGCACAGGGACCACCACAACCGCUAGCAGACUCGCCGAUGCAACUAGACGACGACAAGUACAAGGUAUACAUCUACAACAUCGACGACGAGCUCUCGUCAGAUAGCGAACCAGAGCCCGACCAGGCCUCCGAUGGGCGGCUCAUCUUCCUCCCAGACGUCGAGAAGCACCUGCUCCGGACACGCAUCCCCCCGGUGCCUCGUCCCAUCCUACCCAAUGCCGACGGUGAGCUCGCCGGGAAGCAGCUGGUCCUCUACUCGGUCCCCUCGUCGCUGUCCGUGCCCGAGGAACAGGACAGCGUGCGAAGGGCUAUCCUCGACGCCCGCGCUAGGUCCAGGGCCAGGGCCGCGGUUGCGCAGCCGCAUCCCGGCCUCGCCAGCGGCAUCGAUGGUCGCUCCGCAGUCGGAGCUGCCGCUACCAUGUCGCCCCGGCUACCUAGUAUUACCGAGGGUGAGAUUUUACCCCCGGAGCCGAUGCCGGACGUUGAUGUGGAACCAUGCGUGCCUCCUAUAGGUAUUACAGGCGCCACGGGACCAGCCGAGCCGUUGCUGCAGGCGGGCGGAGUUUCCGGCGCCUUCGCAAUAGGCAGUGAUGAGGCCGGCAUCGGCACAACGUUACCAUCGGUGGAUGGCGAUCCUGAUGCGAUGGAGCUUGACUGAAAAGUUAGUUUCUGUAAUUUUACAUAUAUAGUAGGUCGCAAUUAAGUAUAGACAGGG